AUGAACCUCGAACGACCCUCUUCAAUAGCGCCGGGCCUUGCGUGGAGGAUACUUAGUAUUACCAUCAUCUCAUAUCUUGCUUAUCGGAUUGCAAUCACGGUAUACGAUGUCUGGUUUGGACCUCUUUCAAAGUUCCCGGGACCAAAAUGGUGGGCUGCGAGCAACCUACCACUUAUAUGCAUGAUCUGGAGAGGGCAGGAUACCGAAACGAAACACCGUCUCCACUCGCAGUACGGCCCCGUGGUGCGAGUCUCCNCUACAGAAAUCAGCUAUAUUGAGGCAGCUUCAGCCAGCGACGAAGGCUUGUCAGGCACGAACGCUUGGAAGGAAAUAUAUGGUCAUCGACUGUCCGGUAAGAGGAGUUUCGCAAAAGACCGCCGCCUCUAUGCCAUCCCGGUCAAUGGAACCACCUCCAUCCUGAGUUCGGAUGAUACCAGUCAUGCCCGACAGCGAAGAGUCCUAUCACAUGCGUUCUCCGACAAGGCAUUGAAAGAAGAGGAGCCCCUGUUCAAGCGUUGGGCAAGUCUGCUUGUAACCAAGCUGGAAGCUUCGUCCCUUGCCGACGCUCCUGUCGAUCUAGUCGCCUACUUCAACUAUACAACGUUUGAUAUCAUGGCCGAUCUGACAUUUUCAGAGAGCUUGCACAUGCUUGAAGGCUCCGAAUAUUCUCCAUGGGUCGCUACAAUAUUCGCCUCUAUUAAAUCCAUGACUAGGCUUCGCGCGAUCAGAUUGAUACCGGGCAUGACCACUCUUGUUAACGUCUUGUUGAGUAAUGCGAUACGCAAGAAGCAGGUCAGCCACUUCAAAUACUCUGCUGAUCGCGUGGAUCGUCGACUUGCAAGAACACCCUCCAAUCCCGAUCUAUGGAGCUUUGUUCUGAAGAAAGCUGGGCAAGAAGGCGGAAUGUCGUUGAGCGAGAUGCACAGCAAUUCAGCCAUGUUUAUGAUUGCAGGUACCGAAACCACUGCGACAUUGUUGAGUGGAUUGACGUAUCAUCUCCUUCGGAGUCCAACAGCGACAAACCGGCUCACGCGGGAACUGCGCUCUGCUUUUGUUUGUGAUGCAGAUAUCACGAUCGAAGCGCUACAACAACUCCCGUACCUUUCUGCUUGUAUUGAGGAAGGCAUGAGGUUGUACCCACCAAUCCCGACCGGGUUGCCACGUCAGGUACCACAAGGAGGGGCUAGGAUCUGUGGAGAAUGGAUCCCCGAAGAUGUGACUGUCUCGGUGAGCCAGUGGGCGACCUACCGCUCCGAAUCCAAUUUUUACGACGCAGCAAGCUUCAUUCCGGAAAGAUGGUUGGGUGAGGAUGCGCGCUUCGAACACGACAACCAUGCUGCGUUCCAGCCAUUUUCGGUGGGGCCUCGCAACUGUAUUGGUCGCAAUCUUGCAUAUCACGAAUGUCGACUGCUGUUGACAGAAGUCUUCUGGAACUUCGACAUGAAAUUGGUGGACGAGAGCAGGAACUGGGCUGACCAGAAGGUCUUCUCUUUUUGGGACAAGUCACCCCUAUGGGUCAAGCUGGAACGAGCUAUCCGGUGA